AUGGCACCGCCUCCAUCUUCUCCUGUGCUGGCUUCCACCGUUGGCACCGAUGCCAUCAGUACACCCAGUGCCGCAACAACCUCCACGACGAGCACGCCAGCCCCGUCGCCUACUCCGUCCCCGAUACCCCCUCCAGUCCCCGUAGAGACCCAUCCAAAUCGUGGAAAGCCUCAAGCGAACAGACUGCUACCGGAUCCAAGACGUCUCGCCCCAGAGGAUGCGUUCAGGCCCUUCUCUCCGCCGAGACUGAGGCCCGUCCAUGAGAUUAAUGGUUCCGCUGCCGCAUCGCUAGCUGCUGCGGCUCUCCGACCUGCUGUUGCGUCUCUACGAGCACCCCCUGCCAUUCCUCCAGUUGCAGCACGUCUGGCGGAGGAAAAGAGAAGGGCCGCCAGCAGACGUAGAAAACAACCACAUGUGUGGAAGAAGCUGCUCUGGAUUAAACAACAUGGGUUCCCCGACAACUAUACCGAUACUGAGACAUUCCUUGAUCAUCUACAAAGAAAUCCUAGGUUGAGGCCAUAUGAUUUCUGGCCCCUGGUGGCAGAUUCUGCGGUGAUUGUGCAACAUGUUUGCUCUGUCGCCAUUUACAUAUGUGCUUAUGCAGGGAUAUACCAAGGUCGCCUGUCUCCAGUCGCAGUGGUCACAUGUGGGACAAUUGCAACCGUCUUGGGUUGGACUUUCUGGGAUCGUUGGAUAGGACAAGAGGAAGCUGAGGAGAUGGCCACAUUUCUAAAGGCAAAUCGACGGUCCUUGGAUCUUGACGACCAAUCGAGCACCAGCUCUGCUGAUUCUGUCAAACCGAUAAUGAAUGGAAAUGGUCACGUGAAUGGUCAAACCAAUGGCCAUGCGAAUGGUAGCCUGGGAGGGCGUGGAAUCGGUCUUCGAUUGUCCACUACCAACCUCAGCGUCAAGGACCAUGAAUCCAAGACAUCUGCCAAGCAUACACAGUCUUUGUCCAAAUCGUCAUUCCAGUCUAUCUCACCAAUAGAUGGUCUGGGUGACACAUCACCUGGAUUGUCUCUAAAACAGCAACCUCAAUCUCCGAGGAGUUUUACAUCAUCAACUACAAUUUCCCAUGGCUCUCAAGCGCGUCGGAAAACGUUCAGAUCUGCAUGUCUCAUAUAUUUUGUCUUGUUAGGACUCUCUCCCAUUCUGAAAUCACUUACCAAGUCAACCUCAUCGGACUCCAUCUGGGCUUUCGCAACCUGGUUGCUAAUGAUCAACAUUUUCUUCUUUGAUUAUGGGAGUGUCUACACUCCAAGCAAAAGUCCAAUGGAACCUCUAUCUCCUGCUGCUUCAAGAGGUAGAACCAUUGAAGCCACUGCAGCGCAAUUCAAUAACUCGGUCCGAGCCCCUCCAUUCCCAUCUUCUUUGUCUACGAAUGCAGCAUUAAUGGCCAGUACUGUACUGGCCUCGAGACUUCUCACGUCUACAGCUGUUUUCAGUCUCACAUUGUUCUCUAUCCAAGUGUUCGGUCUAUUCCCCGUAUUCAGGCGACAUCUCCGGCAUAAAUCUCCCAACGCCCAUCUCUGGCUUACUUUGGGAUUGGUGGUAGUGUCCACUUGUGGAUUGGGCCUUAUCUUGUCACAAUCGUACACACAUACAUAUGGGAACUGCGGCUUCUGUCUAGGUUGGAUUUGGCAUGUUAUCCUAAGGAGCACGAUAGGACUCUUCAUUGGCGGCUCGAUCACGGCGUUUGUCAUGGGAGGAUGUUCAUGGUGGUUGAUAGGAUUACAGCGAUAUAAAAAUGUCGUGAUAGGGCCAUGGGACCCGGCUAAGCCGGUUCUUGCUGGCGGUGUCUAUGGACGAAGUAGAACAGGCACGGAUUAA